AUGUUGUCGGCCUUACAAGUUCGUGAUGGACUAAGGCAUGGCCACACAACGUACCUUGCGGCUUUGAUUGAGACCAAACCAGACGUAUUUUAUGAAGUACCGGAUAUUGUUGGUAAAGUGCUUGAUGAAUUCAAGGAUACGAUGCCCCAUGAGUUGCCUAAGGAGUUGCCUCCACGUAGACCUUGCGACCAUCGGAUUGAACUGGAACCGGGUUCUCAGCCCCCUGCUCAACCUCCUUAUCGGAUGCCACCAGCCGAGCUGGCCGAAUUGAAGAAGCAGUUGGAUGAGCUACUUAUCAGCCCGUUGACGGAUUUACUGAAGAAGGACAGGUGUUGGGAGUGGGACAAAGCUCAACAAGUUGCCUUUGAUUUGCUGAAACAAGCUGUGACCAAAGAGCCGAUAUUGAAGUUGGCAAAGUUCGACCAGCCAUUUGAGGUACAAGUCGAUGCUUUAGAUCGUGCUAUUGGUGGGGUGUUGGUCCAAGACAAACAUCCUAUUGCUUUUGAGAGUCGGAAAUUGAAGGAUGCGGAGACCCGAUACAUCCGUGGUGAAUCCCUUAAAGAUCAUGUCUAUGUAAAACUCGCCGAGCAAGUGGCAGCCGGUGAAGUGCGCAAGUACUGGCUAGAGGACGGCUUACUCUAUGCCAAAGGUCGAAGGAUGUAUAUUCCAUCGGGAGGAAUGAGGCGCAAGCUGCUGAAAGAUUAUCACGAUUCUCAGUGGGCUGGCCAUCCCGGUGUUGAGCGUAUGUACGCUUUGAUGAUGCGAAAGUUUUAUUGGCCGAAAAUGCUUGAUGACGUUGAGUCCUAUGUCUGGACGUGCCUUGUUUUCCAGCAAGACAAGACCGAAAAGAAGAAAGAGGCGGGCCUGUUGCAACCCUUGCCUAUUCCGGACAAGCCUUUUCAGUCACUAUCUUUGGAUUUCAUUGGUGGGUUUCCAAAGGUGAAAGGUAUGGCCUCGGUAUUGGUCAUUGUUGAUCGAUUUUCAAAGUAUGGUAUAUUUAUUGCUGCUCCAGGUGCAUGCUCGGCAGACCUUGCUGCUGAGUUAGUUUUCAAGCAUGUGGUGAAAUAUUUCGGUAUGCCCGAUGAAAUAGUGAGUGAUCGUGACCCGCGCUUCACGGGACGAUUCUGGACGACCAUGUUCAAUUUGAUGGGGACCGAACUGAAGUUUUCCACGGCCUAUCAUCCUCAAACUGAUGGCCAAACUGAACGGAUGAAUCAGUUGCUUGAAGAAUAUCUAAGACACUAUGUGACCGCAAGCCAGGAUAAUUGGGUGGAAUUGUUGGAUAUGGCCCAGUUUUGUUAUAAUUUGCACAAGUCCUCGGCGACCGGUAUGAGUCCUUUUGAGCUGGUUUAUGGACAGCAACCUCAGCUACCGCAUGAUGUAGCGGUACAGCGUACUGGUGGGAAAUGUCCCGCAGCCUAUCGGUAUGCUCGGGCGCAGCACGAACUCUUGAUAGAGGCCCGAGAUAGCCUUGCUAAGGCACAGCGAAGGAUGAAGAAGUAUGCAGACCGCGGGCGACGGGAUGUGCAAUUCGCUGUUGGGGAUCUAGUGUUGUUAAAAGUGAGCCCAAAGGUAUGGAAACGGAUUUCGGCAAAGGCAGUCCAUCGUGGACUGAUUCCAAAGUAUGAGGGUCCCUUUGAAAUCGUGAGCAAAGUUGGGAAUGUGGCCUAUCGACUUAAGCUGCCUGACCGGUUGAAGCGGUUGGGGAUGUCAACCGCAACUUGCCUGCGGGCCUAUAAAAAGGCCUUGAGCUGCACAGUCGCGCUCUCUGGAACUCGGGUCUUACUCGUCGUCAACCUCGAGAGUCUUCGGUACAGCUUGCUCGCUCUCAGCCUCGGACAACACCCGAGUAACUCCGUCUUAGCCCGAACUGCCUCGCCCAGAAAGGUCUGGUUCUCUCGUCAGCUGCAUAUACCCUCCCUCAUCGUGGAGGUCUGCUCCCGUCAGUUGCAAGGUCACCGUCGGUGGUGCUCGAACCUGUUCAGUUACGGACAGAGCUCGUAUCGCCGUGAAUAUUUUGUCUUCGCCGCUGGUGGCUCUUCCUCGCCGCUGGUGGUGUUCGACCCGUCGCGAAGGUUCAACCCUCAUUGCUCCUUUGCUCGCCGGGAGUGGUUGAGGCUCGCGAAGGUCGAAGCCUCGCCGGAGAUCGAGGGUCGCCGCUCGUAA